AUGGAGGCUUCCGAAGUACCAUACGCAAACGAAGGCUUGCCAACAUUCACGUGCUUCUCACGUCUCCCCCUCGAGUUACGAGAAAUGAUAUCGGAGCGCCGGAUCUCUGUGCAGCGACACCUGAGGAUAGAAGGCCGCUGGGGAAAGCCAGCCACGAUUGGGUCUUUCUCAAUCUCUGAGGGAAUGGAUCUCUCUCGAGUCUGCUCUGAGAGCCGAAAAGUCCUUUCUCGGAUUAUCGCUUAUCAGACCGCGGAAGAUGGAGAUGGAGCUUCCAUUAAGCAACAGUUCAGCAUUGUUCUUCUGACAAUACUCGAUACGCCCUCACUGGAGAUCCUUGCCUCCCUUAAAAACGAUAUCUAUUGCAUUGCUGUACCAAGGCUCGCCGUAGGACAGUUGAAAAAGCUCCAUCUAUCUUUAAAAAAGAGGGUAGCAGCUGGCAGUCGACAGAUAAAAGUCAUCUACACUGGUACAAGGCCUUACCUUCAGGACCAGUGGCAGUGCCGACCCCCAGGAAAUUACCUCGUGAAACCACUCGCUGAUUUCUACGUCAUGGCCGACGAUGCUGUAUCAUCCCUGGGCUGCGAUAAGAGCUUCACUGUUAGAACAACCGAGGAAGAAAAGGAGUUCCGAUUCUUCAACAGCCCAUUCUGGUCAGCUUACCAGUCUCCAAAAGAGCUAUGCUUGACCUGGAUGAGACUUACUUCGAAGGACGGAGUCCCAGCACCCGUGAUAAGGCCAAGCUUAAUCACGAUCCCCCGGAGCUAG